AUAAUUGCAUGUAAUCAGGUGCGUGUAAUGUGCAUCAUCAAAUCGCAUGGUUUUUAACCUUUUUAACCUAAGAAAGUUAACUUAUUGUAAUUCCAUUUCUUCGAAUUUUGGUUUAUUUAUAAGGAAAAAAGUUGUCUUUUUAUUAUUCGGUUGUAAUUAUAAAUAUAUAAUUUAACAUGCCUACAAUUGGUGUUAAACGAGAUCUUCUAUUUAAAGAACUGGGAAAAACUUACACUGAUGAUGAAUUUCAAAAUCUAUGUUUUCAAUUUGGUUUGGAAUUAGAUGAAGUGACAUCGGAAAAGCAAAUGAUAGCAAAAGAACAAGGCUCAGAACAAAGUGAUGGUGCAUCGGAAGAAAUAAUUUAUAAAAUUGAUAUUCCUGCCAAUCGAUAUGAUUUAUUGAGCUUGGAAGGUUUAGUGUCGGGACUUCUGGUGUUUCAAGAAAAAAUACCUUUACCUCGUUACCAAAGCAUUAGGCCGAAAAAUGGAAUGCAAAAGAUCGUUAUGAAAAAAUCAUGUUUACAAGUGAGGGAACAUUUGGUGGCUGCAGUUUUGAGAAAUGUGACUUUCACUCAAGAUGCUUACAAUAGCUUCAUUGAUCUACAAGAUAAAUUACAUCAAAAUAUUGGCCGAAAACGUAGUCUUGUAUCGAUUGGCACACACGAUUUAGAUACAAUACAAGGACCAUUUAUUUAUGACGCAAAAUCACCUGAAGAAAUUUCAUUCAAACCUCUCAAUGGAGAUAAAGAGUAUACCGGAAAUGGUAUCAUGGAACUCUAUUCUAAUCACGCGCAAUUAAAACAAUUCUUACCAAUUAUCAGAGAUAGUCCUGUGUAUCCUGUGAUUUAUGACAGUAAAGGCGUAGUAUUGUCAUUACCACCGAUUAUUAAUGGAGAUCAUAGUAAAAUUACUCUUAAUACAAAAAAUAUUUUCAUCGAAUGCACUGCUACUGAUCUUACAAAGGCACGAAUAGCUGUUGACACGAUUGUAACAGCUUUUAGUUACUACUGUUCCGAAAAGUAUGUUGCAGAAACAGUUGAGGUGGUUUAUCCUGAUGGACAAACAUUUUACUAUCCUGAUUUAAAAUACAGAACAGAAAAAGUAAAUAGUGAAAAAGCAGCACGAUAUAUUGGCGUCGAACAAACUCCAGACGAAGUUGCAAAAUUAUUAUCAAGGAUGUACUUAAAGGCAGAAAUUGAAAAGGGCAAUGAAUUAUUAGUUGAAAUUCCACCUACACGACAUGAUGUUAUUCAUUCCUGUGAUAUUUACGAAGAUGUUGCAAUUGCUUACGGCUAUAAUAAGAUAAAAAAGACUUUACCGAAAACUAUGACAAUUGCAGGAGAGUUACCAUUGAAUAAAUUAACAGAUCAAAUUCGUCAGGAAUUGGCUUGUGCUGGAUUUACUGAGGCCUUAACUUUUUCUUUGUGUUCACGUGAUGAUAUAUCAGAAAAAUUGGGUCACGAUUUGAAAAACAUUCCUGCUGUUCAUAUAUCAAAUCCAAAAACACUCGAAUUUCAAGUUGCAAGAACAACACUUUUGCCGGGUAUUUUGAAAACUGCUGCUGCAAAUAAAAAAAUGCCUUUACCACAUAAAUUAUUUGAAGUUUCGGAUGUUGUGAUCCGUGACAAUGAAACUGAAGUUGGUGCUCGAAAUGAAAGGCAUCUUUGUGCUCUCUAUUGCAAUAAAUCGGCAGGAUUUGAAAUUAUUCAUGGACUUCUUGACAGAGUGAUGAAUCAACUUGAAAUUUCCUGGGAUAUUAAUAAAGAUAAUAGUGGUUAUUAUUUGCGAGCAGCCGAUGAUCCAACUUUUUUCCCACAACGUUGUGCAGAAAUUAUAGCUUAUGGUAAGACAAUUGGUAAAAUGGGAGUUCUUCAUCCAAACGUUAUAUCAAAAUUCGAAUUGAAUUUACCUUGUUCAGUUCUAGAGAUAAAUAUUGAACCUUUUUUAUAAUUUAAUAAUAAAUAGUUUAUUUCUUUCAAA